CUUCCUGAACUUCAUCCGCUCACCGAACAACAUGUUCGCGUUUCGCCUCUCGGUGCUUCUGCCAUUUUUCUUUCUCUUAAUAACGACAGUCAAUGCCCUUCAUUUUUACUUGGAUGCAAACGAAAAGCGAUGUUUUGUGGAAGAGCUACCAUCAGACACGGUGGUCGAGGGGCACUACAGAGCAUUAGAGUGGAGUGACGGCACACAACAAUACAUUCUGAAUGAGGAACUAGGUAUCAUAGUUGAAGUGGAGGAAAUGGAAACAUCACACGUCGUCACAAAGACGAGAGGUCCAUCUGACGGUCGCUUCACGUUCACAUCCCACGAAGCAGGGGACCACUCCAUUUGCAUCUCCACCAACUACACGUCAUGGUGGUCAAGCACGCACAUCAAGCUCUAUCUCGACAUCGUCGUAGGAUCCACGAAACCAGACAUCGAGAGCGACCGUACUCACAUCGGCGAACUUUCCAGCAAACUUCGCGACCUCAACCAAAAACUUGACGAAAUUCGGAGGGAACAGCAGUACCAGCGGGAGAGGGAGGCGGAUUUCCGAAACUUGAGUGAGAACACAAAUUCGAAGGCUGUUUGGUAUAGCGUGUUGCAGAUUGGAGUGCUUAUUGCUACGUGCACGUGGCAGUUGCGACAUUUGAAGCGUUUCUUUGCGGAUAAACGAUAGCCUAUGAUAUUAUAAUGGACUAGCGGUCGUUUUGAGAUUACCGAUUUGAACCUGCCUGCUGUCGCCGAGCGGAUCGAAUUCAAACGAGUUAGUCGCCAUGGACGUUUAUACACGAAAAGGCAAUGAAAUGUUAGAGAAAGUUCAAGGUACCUGGGGCUGUGAGAUUAUUGACAUUCACCUGCAAUGCUUGGCAUAUGGCAUUUGGCUUAGUAGGGCCCAGUUCAACUGUUUGGGAUAUGUCAGGCACAUGCGCGAUCAUUAUGGACACUGGCAAUAUCACAGAGUGCCUCUGCGUUUUC